AUGGCGGACGAGGACGGGGAAGGGAUUCACCCCUCAGCCCCUCACCGGAAUGGAGGCGGCGGCGGCGGCGGGGGGUCUGGGCUCCACUGCGCCGGGAACGGCGGCGGGGGAGGCGGCGGCGGCCCGCGGGUCGUGCGCAUCGUCAAGUCCGAGUCCGGCUACGGCUUCAACGUGCGGGGCCAAGUGAGCGAGGGCGGGCAGCUGCGGAGCAUCAACGGGGAGCUGUACGCGCCGCUGCAGCAUGUGAGCGCCGUGCUGCCCGGAGGGGCGGCCGACCGGGCCGGAGUGCGCAAGGGGGACCGCAUCCUGGAGGUGAACGGCGUGAAUGUUGAGGGGGCGACACACAAGCAGGUGGUGGACCUGAUCCGAGCAGGCGAGAAGGAAUUGAUCUUGACAGUGUUGUCUGUCCCUCCUCAUGAGGCCGACAACCUAGAUCCCAGUGACGACUCCUUGGGACAAUCAUUUUAUGAUUACACAGAAAAGCAAGCAGUGCCCAUAUCGGUCCCCACAUACAAACAUGUGGAGCAGAAUGGUGAGAAGUUUGUGGUCUACAAUGUUUACAUGGCGGGGAGGCAGCUGUGUUCUAAGCGGUACCGGGAGUUUGCCAUCCUGCACCAAAACCUGAAAAGAGAAUUUGCCAACUUUACGUUUCCUCGGCUUCCAGGAAAGUGGCCGUUCUCAUUAUCAGAGCAACAGCUAGACGCCCGGCGUCGGGGCUUGGAAGAGUACCUAGAAAAGGUGUGUUCAAUCCGGGUCAUUGGUGAGAGCGACAUCAUGCAGGAGUUUCUGUCUGAGUCUGACGAGAAUUACAAUGGUGUCUCUGAUGUAGAACUGAGAGUGGCCUUGCCGGAUGGAACAGCAGUUACCGUCAGAGUUAAAAAGAACAGUACUACAGACCAAGUGUACCAGGCUAUUGCAGCAAAGGUUGGCAUGGACAGUACAACAGUGAAUUACUUUGCCUUAUUUGAAGUGAUCAAUCAUUCCUUUGUACGUAAGCUGGCACCUAACGAAUUUCCUCAUAAACUCCUCUACGUCCAGAAUUAUACGUCAGCUGUGCCAGGCACCUGUCUGACCAUUCGCAAGUGGCUCUUUACAACAGAAGAGGAAGUCCUCUUAAACGACAAUGACCUCGCUGUCACGUACUUCUUCCAUCAGGCUGUUGAUGACGUAAAGAAAGGUUACAUUAAAGCAGAGGAGAAGUCUUACCAGUUACAGAAGCUAUAUGAACAAAGGAAAAUGGUCAUGUACCUCAACAUGCUGAGGACGUGUGAGGGCUACAAUGAAAUCAUUUUCCCGCACUGUGCCUGUGACUCCAGGAGGAAGGGGCAUGUCAUCACAGCCAUCAGUAUCACGCACUUUAAACUUCAUGCCUGCACUGAAGAGGGGCAGCUGGAGAACCAGGUGAUAGCGUUUGACUGGGGAGAGAUGCAGCGGUGGGACACGGAUGAAGAGGGGAUGGCCUUCUGUUUUGAAUAUGCACGAGGAGAGAAGAAGCCUCGAUGGGUUAAAAUCUUCACACCUUACUUCAAUUAUAUGCAUGAAUGCUUUGAGAGGGUGUUCUGCGAGCUCAAGUGGAGAAAAGAGGAAUAUUAGUUAGAGACUGCUUAUCCCGUGUGAGCCAGGACAUUGUCCCAGCGAGGCUGGCCUCUGGAUGGUGGAUGGGCUGUGCAGGAGAGCCCUGCU